AUGACUCUUUACUAUUUUUUGGUUUUCGUUUUAUUAGUUGUUGAGUGUUUGGCAUUUGUAGUUUUAAUCCUACCUUUUCCACGCGUGUGGAGACGCGCUGUUUUGCGAUGGGUGUCGAAGUCAGAUUUGGUUGCUAGGUCCCAAAUCGCAAUAAAAUUCACUUUUAUCGCUGUUUUGAUCUUAUUUAUAGAUGCCGCCAACCGCACGUUUAGUGUCCAGAAUCAAGAAAAAACUGAUAUAAAUGAUACUAGAGCAGAAGUUGCACAUCAUGCUAAAAAAUUCUAUAAUCAACGUAAUAUGUACUUGACAGGAUUCACGCUUUUUUUGUCGUUGAUUCUUAAUAGAACAUAUGUAUUGGUUGUAGAAUUGUUGGCGGCUGAAGAUAAUCUCGAAGUCAUCAAAAAACAGGCUUCCAAUCAGUCAAAAGAGCAAUUACGUUUCGGAGAAAUCGAGGAACGAAUGAGGAACGAAAUUGAAGCUUUAUCGAAGGAAUUGGAGGAGGAAAAAAAGAAAGAAAGAGAUUUUGAAACUUUAAAGAAGCAAGCAAAUCAACAAGCUGAUGAAUAUAAUAGACUAGCUGACGAAUACAAUAGUCUUGAGAGACAAGGAAGUUCUGAAAGCAAAAAAACUAGUUAA